GUAGAUUUAUAAUUACCUUUGAGGUACUUGCAGUACAAAAGAAUGUCGUGAAGCAUCAGGUUAGACGUAAAGAUCCCAGGGCUCUGAUUUCAGCCACGAGAAGAGAGUGUUGAUUUAGGCUAAUAUUUUGGAGAAAUUCCUUAGCCGAAAAUAAGCAUGGUGCUACCUAUUGCACAGUAUGCUGUUGACUCACCACUGGUAGUAUGAUGAAAUAUUGAGACCAACUUCCAUAAAUCUUUCAUUAGAGUCCAUUUUAUUUCUUUGUAGUGAUGUUUGAACACCUCCCUCUCCUCUGUUCCCUUUGUCCCCACUUUUUCCACAGGGUCUGUCAUUUCCAGCCACUGCAUUAUUUAGCCUUUUUUUAUUACUCUUGUCAGCACACUUUGAGUGAAGGGCAAAAAGCCCUCUCAGGUUGGAGGGGAGCCAUGAGCAGAUUCCUCAACGUGUUACGCAGCUGGCUGAUGAUGACAUCCAUCAUAGUCGUGGGUCACUCGCUGCAGAGCUUCCGAGACCACACCUUUCUCUAUGAAAAUAUCUACACUGGCAAACCAGACCUGGGUGAGAAAGCAAAGACCUGCAUCCUUUGUGCAGUGAAUGGCCUCCAAGCUCGGACCUUUGGAGUCUGGACGCUGCUCUCAUCAGUGGUUCGCUGCCUCUGCGCCAUCGACAUUCACAACAAAACGCUCUACUACAUCACGCUCUGGACCUUCUUCAUUGGCAUGGGGCACUUCCUCUGUAUCUCAAUCCUGGGCAUGCUAGUGGGGCUCCGACACCUAGAAGCAGAACCAGGAUCCAGACAGAAGAAGAGAAACUGAGGCCAACAUCCCCAUGUCCAAGACGUCAUCUCCCGCCUUUGCUCGCCUCUUCUGUCUCUAUGCUCUUCAGUUUCAUUUCUGCUCCAUCACCCACUUACAGCCUUUCACAUUUGGGUUUUUUUUUUUUUCCUCUUUAAUUUAAAAUUUAAGAUAUAACAUGCAUACAGAAAGUCAGUACCAUUUAAAUGUAUGCAAAGAAUCAUUUUAGAAUGAGUGCUCUGUACCUCCAUCCAAAUCGAGGAACUGGCAGUAUAUACGAAGGCCACUGUGUACCCUUCCACAACCCACAGCCUCUUCCAGGAGCACUUUUCCAGCCUUCUGCUUUUUCCUUUUAUUUUUAACUGUCCACUUGACUUGUGUGGUGGGAACACACCAACUGUGAAACAUAAAGGUGCUGCCUUGCCCAGAGCAUUGCCACCAAGGGCUGCUAUGAGGGGUUGUCCAUGCAGGUUGGGCUUCUCUCUGCUGCAGGACCCAAGACUCAGAACCAUCCACGGGACAAAAAGUUCUUCUAAGAAGGUCUCCCCGGCCAGUGAGCUUGGCCCCUGACCUUGAGUCUACGGGGGGAUCAGGUUUGGAAAGGUCUGGGCUAGUUUUAGACUCUCCCGUCAGCUGUAUUUGUGUAAUGAUAUUUGUAAUAAAUAGAGAAGCCUUCUGCUCUGAUCCGUCCUGGUACUUUGGCCUCCCCUAAGCCCAGAGUGCCCCUGCCCUCCUCUGAGGCCCAGCAGAGGGAGAUCUCAGCUUUCUGCGGAUCAAAUACACCAUAAUGAGUAGGACAGUGCAAGACCCAGGCAAACCUUGCAGCCCUUAGUCUCCUGUUCAUUUCUCAUGAUGUCAUCUUCCUCAUCUCUAUCCCCACUUUCCGAAUUCUGAGCACACAACUGAACAGCCAGAACACUCUCUUGUUUUCUUCGCAAAGAAGAAACAGGUUCUUGAGAAAGCAGAAUCAGACAACAUACAGGAAACAGCUGUAUGAGCAUGGAAAGAACACUGGAGCCCAAGGACAAGGCACUGGAGCAGACGGCUGCCGUCCAAACACAGCCCUGAGCACCUCCACAGUGGCUGGAUGCUCACACACAGUGUAUAGAUGUGAGAACCCAUUCGCUACUUCAGCGAGUGUUUAUUGAACACUUACUCCAUGCCAGACACUUGGGAAGGGAAAAUGAAUGACCCAGGCAAUGUCCCUGUAGUCAAGAAACAGACUGUCAACAAGCCCACACCUGAAAGAAAACCCCAGACAGUGCUAAGACUCUAAACAACCAGGUACCGUGAUUCAGACGAGGAGGGAGGUGCAGAACUGAGAUCACUGGGAAAAGCCUCUCUGAGGAGGUGGGAUCUGAGUUGAAUCACAGAGGUCAUAUGUCUUCAUAUGUGAGGCAGUAUCUAGGGCAGACCUAGCAGCACUUGGUCUGUUCAAGGACUAAGGUCACUAAACUACAGAAUGGUGACGUUCCUAAGUGAAAGGGAGGAGUUGGAAAGGGAGCAGGGGGCUUGUGAAGGCCAUUCCCAACCAGUUAAGGCUCUUCAGGUGAAAGGAACAAAAUCUUCCUUAAACUAGCUGAAGCCAUAAAGAUAACAUUGGCUGACAAAACUGGAAAGAGGA